AUGAUAUUAUUCCCAAAAUUUUCAGAAGAGUGGAAGGGUCAAAUGAGUUUUGUCUUAGGGACAUAUACUGUCAUACAUGGAUUAGAAGCAAUAAUAUAUGAGAUGAAUAUAACGGAAAUAGCACAGGUGAGAUUAAGCUAUGAAGAAGUAUUUGGAAAAGUUCGAUUUCCUGGAAUACCCCCAAAAAGUGUACUAAUAAUAGAAAUCAAUUUGUUGAACUGCUCAGAAGUUAAAGAUGAAAAUAGUAUACUGGGUUUAGAAAGUACAUUGAGUCCAACUAAUAACAUUCAACUUGCAAUGGAUAUAAAGCUCAAAGGUAACCAUGCAUUUCAACGAGGAAACUAUUCACAUGCCUUAAAUUUGUAUAAAAAGUCCUUAUCUUUCUUAAGUAAUACUCAGGAAUGGUCAAAUGAAGAGGAUGCCUACUCUAAAUCUGUUAGAGUAGCAUGCCUCCUCAAUAUAUCAAAGUAA